GCGUUACAUGGAAAGAAUUACUCAGAAUCUACGCGUCGAAUCAUUCCUUUGUUUCGCCAUGUGUUUAUUUCAAUAAUACGAUAGGCAAACAAUAAGAAAUGAUAUCAAUUUUUACAGAUAAAGAUGACUAAAACAAUAUAAAACAAUUAAAUUCGAUGAAAUUGACGGCCAGUCGAAGCAAUUGCCGUAACAUUCAUGUAUACAUCGGAAAUCUCUGAAGAGCGGUGAUGAUACAUGUCGAAUGAUAGCGAUGUCGGAUGGAGAUGAAGAUGGAGAUGGCGAUAGCGACGGCGAUGACGAUGACGAUGCCGCCGGUGAGAGCGAACAGCGAACCUCUACGGCUACGGAGUUGGCUGUGUGUGACAUCACGCUUCAUUGUUGGAGGUUUACGUCAUUCUCGAGUCUGGUAUCGAGUCGUGUUGCGCGCGAUUUACAGAGUAAAAUAGUCUAUACCGUGUAGCGGAGUAUAGCGGCGUGGCGGGAAGUGAAAGAGGCGAGUGAGAGAACCCGAACCCGACGAGACUCCCGAAAGGCGGACGCGAGAAAGAGAGGAUCGAAUCGCCGAUCACGGUUGCGACUGCGCUGAACCGAUGUCGGACGUGGGUCGUUUCUCGUUAAAUCGAAGCGAUCGUUCCCCACCGAAUCGGGGACUGAUUCCCUUUGAAUGAUAAGGAAUCGGAAAGUAAUUAGCGGUCGUGCGUGAGAAAAGGAGAAAGGAUAGUAGGCAGCAGCAGCAGCAGCAGCAGCAGCAGCAGCAGCGUAUCUCGGUGACGACGAGGAAGCGACCAGCAAGGAGUCAGCAGGAGCGAGGGCAGCUAUAGCUGUAACGUAAGAAGGAAGGACGGAAGGAUAGCCGAGAGAGAAGCGAGAGACAGAGAUAUAGAGCGAGAGAGAGUGACAGAGGGCGAGAGCGAGAGAGAGAGAGAUAAGAGAAGAGAGUAGAUUGGAGCGAGAAGAUGGAAAAGGAGAACGGUACGAGGUAGAAGCGCGACGUUCAACAGUGGUAGCGGUGAUUUGUGAUCUCAUCGACGAAGUUACCGAUUUCUCGAGCGAACCACUCGAUGCGAAUCGAACGCAGCGAAUUGUUCGAACGACAGAGUGGUUUCCGCGCUGCGACGAUACAAUUACGCGCGCCCGAUCACCGAUAUCGGAGCAAUAUUUUCGUGAAUAUGUAAUAACGUCGACGAAUAGGUGCGUGAUUCGUUCUCAGCCAGUGCCUCUUACCCGACGCGUUCUUACAUUUUAAAUAUAACGGUGUAUAAAUAAGUAUGAGCAAUAGCGGGAGUGUACAAUCGUAGCUCCGAUCGUUCAUUUUUCCAAAGGGAUAUACGCGUUCGAUCCUCGCCUCGAUUAAUUUCGCAUCGCGCUCGGAUGACUCGUAAAUGAAUGCACGUGAAAUGCAGUCGGGAUCGAUGUUUCUCCCUUUGAAGUUCACCACAUAUGUUUUUCAUGCGUGGGCAUGCAGCACCGAACUAUCGUCAAGGUUAGUGUGCCUGACAGGCUCUCCUCUCCAUCGCCUUGCGAACUUAUGCUAAACAGUUUUCAGUAGGUAGCAGCGACUAGCUGUGGCAACUAAUUAAACGGUGCACUCUAAUCUGCGUGUUUGCCAUUCCCAAUACGAAACGUUUCAGCCUCGUAUACCUCGUGCUUCUAACCAUGGUUUCCAUUUCCAUCCUCUUCCAACGUUUACGUCUUCCAGACAGAAUCGACCUUCCUUCGUGUGCCAUACAUCUAAUCCCACUGUCAACGGUAACGUCGACUUUUCUUCUGGACAGGAAAAUUCAACGGUCUCUCCUUGCAGAUAAUUAAAAGAUAGAGAUACUACUGAAACAAUGAAGCCUUCUUACGUAUGUGCUGAAAUUUAUGUUGACAGACUGGAACAGAAUCUAUGGGCACGAAGCACGCAUAAUGCUGUUGCUCGCAAACUGGAUGGGAACGUGCAGAGAGCAGCAACUCAUUAAAACUGACUCGAAUCCAGGCCCAAAUGUUUGUAGAAUGCUUCAAGGAGUCUGCAUUCUUCUCAUCGAAUUGGCAUGCUCGCGCGGAGAAAGAACAGCCGCUUCUAUGAGUGCCACUCGUCCGUUACACUGUGAUGGAAAGGACAUUAACUACAAAAGCGGUCCAAAUAGAAUGGCAUAUGAGGUAUUUCUGGGUGGAUCUUGUAAUCCAACCACGUGGAGAUCAGAAAUCGCCAUACCGACUUUGCAGAGACUCGGGAUCACGUAUUACAAUCCCCAAGUGUCGCAAUGGGGACCAGAACUGAUAGCUCAAGAGCACGAGGCGAAGCAAACGGCGAAAGUAUUACUGUUCGUCAUCGAUAAUCAAACGCGAAACAGCGCGGGGAUCAUCGAGGCAGCUCAGUUGGCAGCUACUCGUCGCGAGUCUUUGGUUCUCGUCAUUUACCCGUAUCGUCAAGGCCAGACGAUACUCGGCGAGACCGUGUCCAUUCAAGAAUAUUACGAUCUGAUGAACGGACUGUCGGUCCUUCAAUAUCUGAUGGAGAGGCAGAGGAUACCGAUUUUCGAAAGCCUGUCGAUCGCUCUGAACUGUACAUCGAAGAUACUACGCGAAGAUAUUAACGUGCAAGAUCUGCAUUCUGAGGAUGGGAUCAGACCGAUCAAGUUGUAUGGCCAGAACGGAACGGACGUGGUUACGCUCAGGGAAAUUUUCAAGUCCGUGGACAUCAACGACAGCGGAAGCGUGAACUUGCAGGAGGCUUGGAUAGCGCUACAGUCAAACCUCAAGUGCAACGUGUCAUCGGAUCUUUUGAACGUCGUGAACAAAUCAGAAACGUAUAGGACGUUGAUAGACGGCGGGUUUCCAGCGAAAAGGGACUCGACGGACUUACGGAUAAACUUCGAACAGUUUUGCGCGUUGGCCGCCGAAUCAACGUGGAGGACGAAGAGCAACGGCGUCUCUUGUGAAAGUGAGAUACCUUCAGUUUGGAGUAUAUUAUGUAGGAAGGCAUCGAAGUUCCUUCGCAGGGCUAUCGUGCAACCUUUUAACCGUUUCUUAGAUUGGACCAAUUCGUUCGUGCCGGAAUCCGAGAAGAGAGACCUGUACGUAGGAGUGAUCGGUAAAGAUCAAUUCUGGUUAGAGUCGACCGCCGCACCCUCGAUCGAAUCAGUGGGACUGUCCCUGUUUCGGACGAACCUGAACGAGUACAAUGUGAAAGUGUUGCCGCAAGAAUUACAAAGGAUGAAGAAUUCACGAUUGAUAUUACUGGUCGUGCCGCAGCACGCACGUGGCAGCGCCUUAGUGGCGUUGGCAGCUCACCUAAUCGGAUUACGCGCGAAAAUAGUCCUGUGCGUUCAAACGCUUCCCGAAGGUUGCGUAGUUUCCGGUGAAAAACUCACCGAACAAGCCAUAAAAGACUACAAUCGGGGAAGAAUGUACCUGUCGGACUACGCGAUGCGCGAAGGUGUACCUGUUUUCCAGAAUAUCGCCGAUGCUUUACAGCACGCGAUACAGUUAGUUCAACAUCUCCGUAUACCUUCGGUCACCGAGCGUAGGUCCCAGGUCAGUCUCAGCUUCUCCGGAUCGGGAUUGACGACGGUGAUCAGCACGUCGGCAAUGGCCACGCAACCCGACGCCCUGCAUCCGGAGGUCGUGGACGCCGCGAGGAACCGAAGAAGAAACGACGGCUUCGUCCGACCCUUGACGAGGUUCCUCUCGCUGUACUGGAGGUCGAUCGUGAUCGUGCUAUGGCCAUUGAUCUUGCUGCCCAUCGUUCUCGUCGAGACCGGCGAGGCGACGGCGAUGCGGUGCUUGUACGUGGUCGGUCUGAUGGCCAUGUUCUGGGUGACGGAGGUUCUUCCCUUGCCGAUCACCGGCUUGCUCCCGGUCGUUCUCUAUCCGCUGAUGGGUAUUAUGGACACGAACACAACGUGUAUUUGCUACAUGAACGAUACGACGAUGAUGUUUAUUGGAAGCAUGGUGAUAGCGAUCGCGAUCGAGAACUCCGGCCUGCACAUGCGUAUAGCGCUGUUGAUUAUCAAGACGGUCGGCUGUAGUCAUCGGAGAUUAACGUUCGGCCUGUUCUGCGUGACGAUGUUCCUAUCGAUGUGGAUCUCCAACACUGCCGCUACCGCGAUGAUGUUGCCCAUCGUUGAGACCGUCCUCCUGGAACUGGAAACGCAAGGCCUGGGCGACAUGUUCGUACGAGAGGAGAACAAGGGCGGCGAAGAGGGAACAGAAUCGGCCAAGAGACCGACGAACAUCACUAUGGUGUACUACCUCGUGGCAUCAUACGCUUCUAGCCUCGGAGGCAUCGGCACGUUGGUUGGAACCGGUACCAACUUGACUCUCAAAGGAUUCUUCGAGAAGCGAUUCCCGAACAGCCAGGGCAUCAGCCUGACUUCGUGGAUGCUCUACUCGGUCCCACCCAUGCUCCUGAUGGGUCUCCUCACGUGGCUCUGGUUGCACGUCGUGUACAUGGGAAUGUUCAGGCCCAAAAGUAAGGACGCGUUAGCCGCCGAUAUCGGUGAACAGGGGGAGAGAGUUGCCGCGGCCGUGAUCGACAAGAAAUACAAGGAACUCGGUCCGAUCACGUGGCACGAGUCCGUCGUCGGGUUCCUCUUCGUCUCCGUCGUUCUCCUCUGGUUCUUCCGAAGCCCGGGAUUCGUCCCUGGCUGGCCGACUUACAUCACCGACUCAAAGGUCAAAGAUUCUACGGCAGCCGCUCUGGUUACCAUCCUCUUCUUCGUUCUACCGUCGAAACUCGAUUUCCUCCGGUCGUUCGACUCGGAGCCGAAGAACCGGCCUAACAAAGUGUCGCCGAGCAUGGUCACUUGGAAGAUGAUACAACAGAAAAUGCACUGGAGCCUGAUCUUGGUCUUGGGCGGUGGAUUCGCGAUUUCCGCCGGGAGCACUUCCUCGAAACUGUCCUCGAUCAUAGGAAACGCGUUGUCUAGCUUGAAGUCGAUAAAUCCGUUCGCGAUACUCUGCACCGUCUGCGUUUUCGCGGAAAUGGUAACGGAGCUGACUUCGAACGUCGCCGUCGCGAACAUCAUUCUGCCGGUGUUAGCGGAAAUGUGCAUCGCUAUACGAAUACAUCCGUUGUACUUGAUGAUGCCGGCUGCGCUGUGUUGUUCGUUUUCGUUUCAUCUGCCGGUCGGCACCCCGCCGAACGCGAUUGUCACUGCCGCCGGACAAAUAAGAACGAGGGACUUGGCGAUCGCCGGAAUAGGACCGAGCGUGAUCACGCUUCUGAUUACCACGGUGGCCUUUUCCACGUGGGGCUCGUACAUUUUUGACCUGUCCGAAUUUCCCGACUGGGCGACUUAACGCUAGCUAACGUUUAACUCUGACUUUUGUUCGUGACCGGCGUCACGAUCAACGCACGAAGGGCGGACAUCGAAUACUGUUCGAACUAUGUAUAUAUAACGUUAAACGAGCCUCGAAUAGUAUUGCAACGCAAAUACGGGACACGUUUUAUUGACUUAUCAUAUGGAGAUGCAUUGUACCAUACGAAGGACGAACGAAUAAAGAUAAACUUACCAUCUA